AUGGGGGCUCUCGUAAAGGGACAUUACUACUUCGCCGCGCCGGGCUGCUUGCUGCUGAUCCAAUGCGCGGUGAUCGUGUUCUCCAGAGUCCAUCUCGAAAAAGCGAUCGACUCUAGCGACAUCAUUCCACUCCGCUGUGCAAUCAUCAAGCCGUGUGUCCACUCCGCUCUGCUGCCCUGUCCUGGCCUGCACUGCGGACAUGUGCUUCAGGAUCAGCAGAGGAGGCUGCAAGGACGUCUCACGAGAGGGGUCACAAACUCGGCAUCCCGGGCGAGGAAUGGGGGCCCCGGGGGACGUUUAAAAGGCUUAGCAGUCACCGCGGAAGAACAUGGCCACACACAGAGCCGGCUGCUGCUUUCGAGCUGCCACAGGGCCUGGUUACUCAAAGAGGAUGUGAGGUCACUGUGUCUGCCAUGA